AUGGCGUACUACAAAAAGGUCCGCGAUUUCAUUGUUGCACGUCGUGCGGAGGGAAAGCAUGCGAGGAGAGAUCUAUACUCGUUUGUGGUGGACAUCAAGGACCCUGAGACAGGAGAAGGAUUGCGGUUGCGCGACAUAUGGUCCGAAGCGGCCUUCUUUGUACCAGCGGGUGGCGACACGACUUCUACAGCCUUGACAGCCGCAUUGUUCUAUCUCUCGCGCUACCCAGAAUGCUACAAGCGCCUCGCCAACGAGAUUCGCAAUGCAUUCACAUCGGGCGUAGAAAUCCGCCACGGCACGAAGCUUUCUGGCUGCACCUACCUCCGCGCCUGUAUCGACGAGGCGAUGCGAAUCACCCCACCCAUAGCCACCACGCUCUGGCGCCAGCUUCCUGAGUCCGAUAAUGAGCAGCUUUUCGUUGUCGAAGGCCAAGUCAUACCUCCUGGCACUGAAGUCGGCGUGAACAUCUACACCAUGCACCAUAAUGAAGAAUAUUUCCCAGAUUCGUAUUGCUUCAAGCCUGAGCGUUGGCUGGAUGAGUCACUGGGGAGGAAGAAACUUAUGCACGAUGCCUUUACGCCGUUCUCGAUCGGAUCACGCGGUUGUGGUGGCAAAGCAAUGGCGUACCAGGAAGCGAGUAUUGCUAUUGCGAAGACCUUCUGGUACUUGGACUUUGAGCGUCCGGCGCAUGACAUGAAGGCAGAUCGGGUGGGCGAGAUCACGCAAUAUAGCGGAAAGCCAGAAUUGGAGGCCUUAGAUCAGUUUGCCUCUGUUCACAGAGGCCCAAAUCUCGUAUUUCGACUGAGAGAUGAGGCAAGAGAUGAGCUCUUUGAGACGGAGAAACUGAGCUAUAGUACGAUACUAGAACUACACUCUUGA